CGCAGGUCUCUCCGACGGCCGCGCGCGCUUCUCGAUGACGCCGCCGCUGUUUCUCCAAUCCCGGAGAUUCGGGUGGCUGCGCUCGUGCUAGCGUGUGUCUCGGGAAAUCCGGACGCCUUCCCUCGUGAAUGUAUUUAUGGAUGCAUCGGGCGCAGAAGUAGCAAGCGUGCUUAUGGCUAGAGUGAGGAGGUGAGCAGCACAAUGUCUGAAAAUUCGUCUGUGAAGCUGGCGGGCAUCACUCCUCUGCAGCAGAUGUUGGCGUCUGGGACUGGAGCCCUUUUCACCUCCCUUUUUGUCACACCUUUGGAUGUAGUGAAAAUCCGAUUGCAGGCUCAGAGAACCCCAUUCUCUAAAGUGUUGUCAGUACAGUCUAUGCCCUGGAGCAUUCACCAGCCCAAAUGGAAAUGCUUCCUUUAUUGCAAUGGCCUCAUGGACCAUCUCUAUGUUUGUCAGAAUGGAAACAGCUGCACAGCCUGGUAUAAGGCACCCACUCAUUUUACUGGCACCUUGGAUGCUUUUGUGAAGAUAAUACGGCGUGAAGGUAUUCGAUCCUUGUGGAGUGGUCUGCCACCUACUCUAGUUAUGGCUGUCCCUGCUACUGUGAUCUAUUUCACUUCUUAUGAUCAACUACGUGAUUUGUUGCAUGUUAAGAUGAACAGCCAAGGACACCUUAUCCCACUGGUGGCUGGUGCAGUUGCCAGAUUGGGUGCAGUAACUGUGAUCAGCCCCUUGGAACUCAUACGAACAAAAAUGCAGUCUCGUCAGCUGAGCUACCAGGAACUACGUGUCUGCAUCCAGUCUUCAGUGGCACAAGAUGGAUGGAUGUCUCUUUGGAGAGGUUGGGGUCCGACAGUGUUACGGGAUGUUCCUUUCUCAGCUCUGUAUUGGUAUAACUAUGAACUAAUGAAAGAUCUGCUGUGUGGGCAGUUCUGCCUUGAUGAAGCCACUUUCAUGAUCAGUUUUGCAGCUGGAGCCAUUUCUGGCAUGGUGGCUGCUACUUUGACUUUGCCCUUUGAUGUUGUAAAGACCCAGCGGCAGAUUGAGCUAGGAAACAUGGAGACACUUCAAGUUACCACACCCAAAUCCUCAUCGACUUGGCUACUUAUGCAGAAGAUUUGGGCAGAAUCUGGCACACGAGGGCUCUUUACAGGUUUUCUGCCUCGUGUUAUCAAGGUGGCUCCAGCCUGUGCUAUCAUGAUUAGCACAUAUGAAUUUGGCAAGACCUUCUUCCAGAAAAUGAACCAGGAACAGCAGUUAAAUAGUCUAUGAAGCCUAUAAACAGAGCUUUGGACGUAGCCUCCAGAUGGACCAAAGAAAUGCUGAUGGCAAGAGAAAGGACACAUUUUGGUAGAUGCAAAAAAAAAAAAAAAAGGAAAACCCAAUUUAUUGAUAGGGUUGGAUAUAAAUGUGGAUCCAGCUGUGAAUAAUAAUCAAGAUUGAGAAGACCACAUAACCAAUAAAUCUCUUGCUU